AUGGCUGUUGUAUCCCAGACUCCUAACACAAAAAUUAUUCAAGGUCAGAUAGCAGACUCGUUAAAUUUUAAAUUUGAGGAGGAAACUGAGCAAGGAAGAGCAGGCCGAUUGUAUUUGAGAUUAAAGAAAGAGAAGAGGAUACUCAUAAUCUUGGAUGAUGUUUGGGCAGAACUUGACUUGACAACAGUAGGAAUUCCCUUUGGAGAUGAUCAAAAGGGUUGCAAGAUCUUUCUAACCACUCGUCGACUACAAGUUUGUCAUGCAAUGAGGUGUCAACAUCAAUUUCAACUAGAUGCUCUAAAUGAAAAAGAAGGGUUGAGCUUACUUAAAAGUCAUGCAGGUAUAAGUGAUGAGUCUCCCACCUUGAAUGAUAUGGCAAUUAAAGUUGCUGGAGAAUGCAAGGGUUUGCCUUUAGCAAUUGUAUCAGUUGGGAGUGCUCUAAGACAAAAAACUAUCAGUGAAUGGAAAGAAGCACUUCGAAAGCUAAAAAUGUCAAAACUUAAUGUUAUAGAGAAUGUGGAUAGAGAUGUUUAUGCUUGUCUUCAAUUCAGUUAUGAUUAUUUGAAGAGCCAGGAGAUCAAGUCUUAUUUCUUAUUGUGUUCGCUGUUUCCUGAAGACCAUGAAAUUGAUUUAGAGGAAUUGGUAAGAUAUGGAAUGGGCUUAGGUUUGAAUCUAGAUGCUGACUCGAUUGAAGACUCAAGGGACCAACUGUGUGCAAUGGUUGAUAACCUCAAAGCUUCUUGUUUGUUAUUAGAUGCUGGUGAAAAAGAUUUUAUUAAAAUGCAUGAUGUGGUUCGUGAUUUUGCCUUAUGGAUGGCAUCCAAGCAGAACCACGCAUUCUUGGUUAAUGCUGGCAUAAGCGAGUUGCAAAAGGUAGAGAGCCAGGAACAAUACAUGGCAAUCAAUUUGGUAGAAUGGGAAAGGGGAAUAAUGCUUCCUGAUGGUUUGAUGUAUCCAAAUCUCCAAAUUUUGAUUUUGGAUGCAUAUAGAUAUGGUUUGACUUUGAGCAAAGCUUCAGAUGCAUUUUUUGAAGGGAUGAAAGCACUGAAAGUUCUUACUCUAACUCAAGUGCAGUUGUCAAUGAAAUCACUUCAAUUCCUCACUAACCUUCGAACUCUGCAUCUGAAAUAUUGCGAACUGGAAGGCAUAUCUUCCCUUGGCAUGCUGAAAAGGCUUGAGAUUCUUAGUUUAGAAGGUUCUGUAUUUGAUGAAUUACCAGAAGAACUAGGGGAACUUAGUCAGUUAAGAUUGUUGGAUUUGUUUAACUGUUUUACGUUGAAAAGGAUUCCCCCUAAUGUGUUGCAGAGGUUAUCUCAUCUUGAAGAAUUAUACAUAGGUAGCAGCAGUUAUAGCUCAUGGGCGGGUGAAAGGAUGGAUGCAGAAACAAGCAAUGUCAGCUUGUCUGAGUUGAAUUCACUACGCCGAUUGACCCAUCUAUUACUGCACAUACAUGAUGAAUGCCUCCCAAAAGACUUUGCUUUCUCUUCCACAUUGCAAAGUUAUGAAAUAAAAGUGAAUGAAUUUUCUGAAUAUCCAUUGUGGCUUGGAAGAACAACAAUUGCAAAAAGGAAAUUUUCCAAGUCAAGAAUCUUGAACAUCAGGAGUGGAAAAUUCACCACAUUUGCUGCAUUCAAAGCAUUGUAUCCGACUUUGGAACAUUUUAAUUCGAGCUAUAGUGAAUUCUCUGAAAAUAUUGUGCCAACCAUUGAUCCAAAGGGCUUGAAUGAGUUGAAGUCUCUUCAGCUUGAAUAUUGUGAGGAGUUGAAAUGCAUCGUAGAUGCGUCACUGCAGCAAGUGCCAGCCACUGCCUUCUCUAAUUUGGUGGAAUUAUCUCUUGAUUAUUUGCCAGGUUUGAGAGAAAUAUGCCAUGAUGGGAGGCCUCCGAAGGAGUUUCUAGAAAAAUUGGAAAGUAUAUCUGUAACUGGAUGUAAGGAUAUGUAUACUUUAUUUCCGACAAUGUUGGUUCAAAGAUUACAUAAACUGAAAAAAGCAGAUAUAAACUACUGCUAUAAGCUACAAGAAGUAUUUGAACUUGAGGGGCUAUGCCAUAGUGGGGAAGAAAAUCUUGUUUUGCUCUCAAAUUUAGAAGAGUUAAAACUAAAUAAAUUACCUGAAUUAAGGUGUAUAUGGAAGGGGCCUACCCAGUAUUUGAGGCUCAAAAGUCUUAAAAAGUUUGAAGUGAUUUAUUGCCAUAGCUUGACAUAUCUCUUCUCAUCGUCCCUUGCUCAAAGUCUGGUACAAUUAGAAGAAGUCAUUGUCGAUGGUUGUAAGAGAUUGGAGCAUUUCGUCUCAUCAUCAGAAGAAGAUAACAAGGGGGAGGAAAAUGUAGUUGCAGCAAAUGGAAAUGACAUCCUUCUCCCUAAGCUAAGAAAAUUAAGACUUCAAUACCUACCAAACCUCAUCAGCCUUUGCCCAAAAAAUUAUAAAACAACUUGGCCAACAACUUUAGAAGAGUUAGCACUGUGGGGAUUUCGCAAUUUCGCGCCGUCUUUCAUUGUUGAACUUGAAGCCGUUAUGAAGACUGCAAUUGAGAAAUUACGGAUUCUCGAGUUGAUUAAUAGCAACCUACAGUUGUGUAACACAGUUCUUGGUUUGUUGAGAUUUGGUCUGCCAAAUUUGAAGAUGCUUAGAUUAAAAUAUCUAGCAGAACUAGAAAGUUUAUUUAAGGGUCCCAUUCAUGUUUUAGGCCUGCAGAAUCUUACCAACUUAGAGAUACAGUGGUGCAAUAGUUUGAAACAUAUCUUCUCACUCACCCUUGCUCAAAAUCUGGUGCAAUUGAAACAUCUGAAGAUUGGGAAUUGUGAAGAAUUGGAGCAAAUCUUGGUUGUUGAUGAUGAAACCUUAUUGAAUAAUAAGGAUCAUCUAUUCUUUCCAAAUCUCUUUCAAAUAAAGGUGAUUGAAUGCCACAAAUUGAAAUGUGUCUUUCCUAUCAAUAUAGGCCGACAUCUUCAACAACUGCAAAAGAUAAAUGUUAUAGGAGUGAAUCAACUAGAAGAAGUAUUUGGACAUACAGAUAGUGGUGACCUCACAAAUGAUAAAGAAAUCAUGUUACCUCAACUUCAAGAAUUGUCACUCUUUUCUUUACCAAACCUCACCAACUUCUGCUCCGUGAGUUACCACUUCAUAUUUCCAUCUCUUGAAAGUUUGUUAGUUCGGAGUUGUCCCAAGAUCACUACAAGAUUUUCCUACGCACAAAAUAAUCAAUCCGUGCAUGCCGAAGCAAAGGCAUCCAAAACAAGCAAAGAAGAUGGAAGUGCAGAAUUCCCUACAGAGAUCAACGUGGCUAGACGGAGUGGUUCUAAAUUGAGUAAUAUAUUACCGCCAUACAAAGAACAAUGA